GCGAGAUGUCACAACUAAGGGAUGGCGCAGCCGAUGGCGCAACAGAGGCGUGAUAGAGGCGACAUGUUGGAGUGGUGAUAGGAUGGCGGAGGAUGGAUCAUGUAUGGUAUAAUCGUACAGGUAAGAAGAUACUACUUGAUCGAGAAUACGCGACAAGAGACGAAGUGCAGGACAGGACACGUACGCACCGCCCAUUCUCGCAGCGGGCGGAUGACGCCUCCUCAUUCGCGCAGCCAGCGAGCAGAGCGCAGUGACAUGCCGGGGCGUUGUUGGGCCGAGGCAUCAAGGCACGACGGCGUCACUGGCGGGAAACACUUAUGAAGACUUUCUGCAGCAUAAUAAUUCCGUGGCAGCGGAGCGGUGGAGAUUGGAGAUUGGAGAUUGGCCGGCG